GGUAAAACGAGGGGAGUUGGUUCUUCAUUCUUUAAUCUAAUCAAGAAGAAGAAGAGGGGAGUAGAGGGAUUUUCUUCACUUUCACCUGCCCCGAUUACUUCAUCUUUCUGCGGAUCCAUCUUUUUUGCCCAGCUUCAUCAGGAGGAGGAGGCAUCUCCUAUCACAGAUCUCGUGAGGUGAAUAAUGGCUAUGAUAGAUGAGCCGCUUUACCCAAUUGCGGUGUUGAUCGAUGAGCUGAAGAAUGAAGAUAUUCAGUUGAGGUUGAACUCAAUCCGACGUCUCUCAACGAUUGCUCGUGCCCUUGGUGAGGAAAGGACACGGAAGGAGCUGAUUCCGUUCUUGAGUGAGAACAAUGAUGAUGAUGACGAGGUGCUCCUUGCCAUGGCAGAAGAAUUGGGUGUUUUCAUUCCCUAUGUGGGUGGAAUUGACCACGCCAGUGUUCUGCUAGUGCCGUUGGAAACCUUAUGUUCUGUGGAGGAAACGUGUGUUAGAGACAAAGCGGUUGAGUCCCUAGGCAGGAUUGGAGCUCAAAUGAAGGAACAAGAUUUGGUCGACCACUUCAUUCCUUUGGUUAAGAGACUGGCGGCUGGAGAGUGGUUUACAGCUCGGGUUUCAUCUUGCGGAUUAUUUCACAUUGCUUACGCUAGUGCUCCCGAGGCACUAAAAACUGAAUUGCGGACAAUUUAUACCCAGCUUUGUCAAGAUGACAUGCCCAUGGUUAGGAGAGCUGCUGCAACAAAUCUGGGAAAAUUUGCUGCUACUGUUGAAGCUUCUCAUUUGAAAACUGAUGUCAUGACAAUGUUUGAGGAUCUGACUCAAGAUGAUCAAGAUUCUGUUCGCUUGUUGGCUGUAGAGGGUUGUGCUGCCCUUGGGAAGUUGUUGGAACCACAAGAUUGUGUUGCACAUAUUCUUCCCGUGAUAGUUAAUUUCUCACAGGACAAAUCUUGGCGUGUUCGCUACAUGGUUGCCAAUCAGCUAUAUGAGUUAUGUGAGGCAGUGGGUCCUGAUUCCACCAGGACAGAGUUAGUUCCUGCAUAUGUAAGACUGCUAAGGGACAAUGAGGCUGAAGUACGUAUUGCUGCUGCUGGAAAAGUGACUAAGUUCUGUCGAAUUCUGAGUCCAGAACUUGCAAUUCAGCAUAUUCUUCCAUGUGUGAAAGAACUCUCAUCAGAUUCUUCCCAGCAUGUACGUUCAGCUUUGGCUUCAGUUAUAAUGGGAAUGGCACCAGUUCUUGGAAAGGAUGCAACAAUAGAGCAGCUUUUGCCAAUAUUUCUUUCUCUUCUGAAAGAUGAGUUCCCUGAUGUUAGAUUGAAUAUUAUCAGCAAACUUGAUCAAGUGAAUCAGGUAAUUGGUAUCGAUCUGUUAUCCCAGUCCUUGUUACCUGCAAUUGUUGAGCUCGCUGAGGACAGACAUUGGAGAGUUCGCCUUGCAAUAAUUGAAUACAUUCCCUUGUUGGCUAGUCAGUUGGGAGUUGGGUUUUUUGAUGAUAAACUAGGUGCCCUUUGCAUGCAAUGGUUGAAGGAUAAGGUUUACUCCAUUCGAGAUGCUGCUGCUAAUAAUGUUAAGCGCCUAGCUGAGGAGUUUGGUCCAGAGUGGGCAAUGCAACAUAUAGUUCCUCAGGUGCUGGAAAUGAUAAACAACUCUCAUUAUCUGUAUAGGAUGACCAUUCUACAUGCCAUUUCUCUCCUUGCGCCCGUUUUGGGUCCAGAAAUAACAUGUUCCGAACUAUUACCAGUAGUCAUUGAUGCAUCGAAAGACAAGGUUCCUAACAUCAAAUUCAAUGUCGCAAAGGUGUUGCAGUCACUGAUUCCUAUUGUGGACCAUUCUGUGGUUGAGAAGACAAUCCGUCCAUGCUUGGUAGAGCUAUCUGAAGACCCAGAUGUCGAUGUCAGGUACUUUGCGAACUCGGCCCUUCAGGGAAUUGAUCAGGUCAUGAUGACAAGUUAGACUAUCUGGUUAUAUCUGUGGUUAGGCUAUUUAAUUGUUGUGCUCGAAAAUAUGUAUUUUGAGCUGAAAAUGUUGUCAUUUUUGUUUGUUAUUCACGCAUUUCAUUCAUCUAAUGCAUUUACAACUUUGUUUGUAUUGCUGAUAUCUAUAUAUUUGUGUUCUUGUUUUUAUACUGCAUU